AUGAAGACUACAAAAAAGUCUUUAUAUAAUAAAUCGGCCGAUGAUGCAUAUAAAUCUAUGAUAAAAAGGUCUCGAUCUAGUCGAAACGUCAAGAAAGAAUAUUCUCCAUCUACAAAGGAUCUGGAAUGUCCUACUGUUGUAUCUGAUUCUGGUAAUGAUGAAGUUAGACAUGGUAUAUCUGUUCAGGAUAGAUAUGAGCAACCAGAAAACUAUUUCAGAGAGAGAGGGGACCAAGAAUAUGAAGAGGAUGAAGAGGAACUUCUUUUAGAUAGAGAAGACAUCGACAAACAAUUUCAAUCUACAUUCCAAAAUUUAGUAAGUAGAGCCGAUAUAAAGAAUAUUUGCAUACUUUUUAUUUUAACCACAGUUUUUUCAAUUAUUCUAACAUAUUCAACUAAAAGUAAGCAAGAUACGGCUCUGCUUUCUGAUCCUACUAUAACUAACCUUCAAAAUGAAGUUGAUAAUUUGUAUAAUCAAUUAUCGCAAAUUGAUAGUAAAUAUCAACAAGAAAUGAAUGAUAAUUUAAAUAUGUCUAUUGAAACUUUUGAAUCGAAAAUCAAAAAUUUGAUUCCUCCUGAUUUUUUAAGACUAAAAACAAAACUAGAUUUAAUUAAUCAAAAAGUAGAUCAUCUUUCUAAUAUUGUAAAGAAUAAUCAUCAUAAAGAACAUAAUAGUAAGGUUGAUGAUGGGAGCAACUCCCUUUUAAUGAAUUAUGAUACUUUAUUAGAAAACUUACAUCUAUAUUUACCAGAUAACAUUCCUAUAAUUAUUAAUAGAGAUGAAACUUCCAAAGAAAAUGCAUCUAUUCAAAUCUUACCAGAAAUGUAUGAACAAAUUUAUAACUUAUUGGUGUCAGUUUCAACGUCAGGUCCUAGCACUGAGAUUUCAGGUGAUGAUGACAAAAAGAAGAAAACAGUAAUCUCUGAUUUUGAUUUAAAUAUUGAUUUAAAUUCAUACAUUCAUGAAUAUCUGAGCAAUCAAUUUCAAUUUCUAAAUAAACAAUCAUUUAUUGAUGAAUUUACUUCUAAGUUAAAUAAUGAUAAUAAUAAUAAUUUUGACAUUAGUGAGAGGUCUGACAAAAUAUUACCUUUGGUAAACAACAUAUACAAUAGAAAUAUACAUUCAUGGCAGAACGAUUUAGAUUUUGCUACUUUCACACAAGGGACUAAAUUACUAAAAAAAUUAACGUCGGCAACGUAUUUAAAUGGUAAUGGUAUAUUCCCUGUUCAAUUGCUAUUAGAUAAUAAGAUGGUUUCUGGCUCUACUUACUGGCAAUGCCAGAUGGGUCCAUCAAAUGGUUGUACAUGGGCAAUUCAAUUUACUAAGCCAGUAUUUCUAACUAAAAUUUCAUAUUUGCAUGGUAGAUUGAGCAAAAAUAUACAUAUCAUGAAUUCUGCCCCCAAGAAAAUUUCUGUCUACGUUUUACCUAGAACUAAAAUACCGUCUAAUAUAAAGGAGGAAAUCCCCUAUUUAACUCCCCACCAACUAGACUCUCGUUACAUUAAGUUGACCUCCUUUGAAUAUGACAUUUCUGAGCCUUCUAUUAGACAAGCUAUGCCUAUCCCUUCUUGGUUCAUUAAAUUACGUAUUCCAAUCAAAAGUGUGAUUUUCCAAAUCGACAAUAACUACGGUGGCACCCCAUAUACCUCAAUUCGUAGAUUCAUUGUUAAUGGUAUAAUCGACGAGGAUCUUGCUAUUCUGAAAGAUUACAAAUUCCCUCUUCGGUUUAAUGAUAUUCCAGAUUAUACUGUACCUAAAGAACAUGAUAAUGUCAUGGAAUACUCUCGUUCCGCACCGAAGCAAUAUCCUGAAACCAUUGUUGAAUUACCUAACCCACAAUUACAUAUUCCUAAUUACCAACCACCACCCACUAUAAACAGUAAUCAAUAUAUUGUUGAUGUUCCUGCCUUUGGUGAUGAUGAACCUGCAAUACCUUAA